UUCUUUUCUAAAUGAGUUGCCUUGCUCCCAAAGUCGAGAGAUCCCCCAUUAUUAAGAGCUCUGUAUUUUUGGUCCCGGAUCAAAACUAAAAGUUCGAAUCCGAGAACGAAAACCUAAAUCUCCGGUAGAAUCUGAUCAGCUAUGGCGAGAUACGACAGAGCUAUAACGGUGUUCUCCCCCGAUGGUCACCUCUUCCAAGUUGAAUACGCCCUGGAAGCCGUACGCAAGGGUAACGCCGCCGUCGGUGUUCGUGGCACUGACACUAUCGUCCUUGGCGUCGAGAAGAAGUCCACCGUUAAACUUCAAGACUCAAGAUCAGUAAGGAAAAUUGUAAGCUUGGAUGAUCACAUAGCAUUGGCUUGUGCUGGACUUAAAGCAGAUGCCCGUGUUCUCAUCAACAGGGCAAGAAUUGAAUGCCAAAGCCAUAGGCUAACUGUUGAAGAUCCAGUAACUGUUGAAUAUAUCACACGUUACAUUGCAGGUCUUCAACAGAAAUACACACAAAGUGGAGGAACAUUUUCUGCUUGGAAAGCUAAUGCCACUGGUAGAAACUCCAAUUCCAUGAGGGAAUUUCUUGAAAAGAAUUACAAAGAAACAUCUGGUCAAGAAACUAUCAAACUUGCAAUUCGUGCUUUGCUUGAAGUUGUUGAAAGUGGAGGGAAGAAUAUAGAAGUUGCUGUGAUGACAAAGGAAGGGCUGAGGCAACUUGAGGAGGCUGAAAUUGAUGCCAUUGUUGCAGAGAUUGAAGCAGAAAAGGCGGCUGCUGAGGCGGCAAAGAAGGGUCCUGCUAAGGAAACAUGAGGAUGAGAAGGGCAUUUAUGUCUUUUUCUCACCCGGUUUUUUAUUGUUGUUUUCUUAUUUGACAUUUUGGAUACAUCUGUUUUAAGACUUUUGGCAUGGUAGUUAUAAGGAAUUUGUUAAAUUUGACAUUUAAGAAGCUUUGAUUUGUGGUUUGAUUGAAUGUUUUAUGAGCCAUUGGUUGUCUUUGGUGAUGCAUUAGGGUUGUGUUUGUUACAUGAGACAAAACCGAAUAGUAGGUUUUCUAGGUUUAGCUUUUGUUAGCAGGGUAAGAAGGGUAUUUAUGUCUUUUUCUCAUCUCGACCUUUUUGGUACUUUCAUGAUGCAUUAGAGUUGUAUUUGUUACUUGAGACAAAACUAGGUGUGAUGGAAUUGAAUAGUAGGCAUUCUAGGUUUAUCUUUUAUGAGUAAGAUGAGAAGAGUAUUUAUGUCUUUUGAAUAAUUUUGAGUUUGAAAAUAUAUUAUGAAUCCCUUAUAUCUAAUUUUUUAUCUUUAAAAAUAUGUAAUAUUUAUCAAAU